CAAGACCAGAUGUCGUUUUCGGUACCUCUUGCAGCGUAGCACACGGGUGAAGUUAUUUGCUGGGAAUGGAAAGAUCACCGUGCAUGGCAAUGUGUAUCGCUUGACCGAUCCUGCAAAUUCUAUUUUGGAGCGCGCCGAAGACAGGGUGGACAGGCACAUCUAAACGUGGAAAAUGUUGGGGGAUUUCUCCUGUCGUGUAGUACUGAACCUGAUUGGAUAUGUGUGGCCUGCUUACUCUUGCUACAAGGCCUUAUCUCAGAAGCAAAGCGAUGCUGUGCAGCAGUGGUGUAUCUACUGGUUGAUGCUGGCGCUUUUCACAGUGAGCGAGCGCAUGCUACUUGACGUGCUGGUCUUCUGGGUUCCAAUGUACUAUGAGGCAAAAGUCCUCUUUGUGCUGUAUCUCUGGCACCCCAAGACGCAAGGUGCUGUCUACUUGUUCAACGGCAUUGUGCAACCGUUCCUGGCUCAAAAUGAGGCAGCCAUCGAUCAGGCGCUUGAAGAAGUGAAAACAACCGUCGUCGACCAUGCCUCUUCCUACUUUCACAAGCUGAUUUUAUUUGUGCAGACAAAUGCAUCUCUGGCUGCCAGUCAACUCCAGCAUCUCCAAACUAAGGCGCAGUUCAACGCACAGCGCAUCCAGCAGUCUGCAAACUCUGGAAAGAGUGCAUGAGUGGAGACUGGAGCCAGUAUGCCUCGAUAGCACAGUAUAAAAAGAGAUGUACCAUAAGAUCAGGGCAUACAGGCUGGCCUCCUGAGAGCAGUAGCAAUUUCCUGAGACUGCAGUGACCCUUUGGAAGAUGAGCUAUGCAUGUGAGGCAGCCCUUGUACAUCAGGUAGACAGAGGCUGCAGCUGGUCCAGAACCGUUUAAACCUGUAAUACCUGUGAUCUGUUCCUACAGUAGUUUGUACUUCUCGUGUCCCUUCGAGUGGCAGCUUUUAAAGGGUUUAUAGAAUGUUCUACUUAUUUCAUGUGACAGUCACAAAUGCACGCAGUAAGGUGUCAGGGCUUUCCACAAAGGCCUCGUAUCCAUUUUAUGGACUGGCCAGUCAUUACUAGGCAUUGAGGAGCAUGGAAAGAGUGUUUGAAAAUUAUUCCUCUGUGGACCUCGCUGCGCAGAAAACCUCCAGGCUUGCGUAGGCGGACUCCGGAGGUGUGUAGGAGGUGACCAACAGGGUGUGCCGCACAUGGGGGUAGUAGAAGAGGGCCUCGUAUGUAUUUUUGAUCAAUCCAGAUACUAUCUAGUAGUACUGGUGCCUAGAAUCCUGAUGUAUUGCAAUGCCAACUGAGUGAAACAUCAUGACUGUUCCCUGCAGGCAGCUGUUCCAAAAGCACCGGUCUGUAAAACAAGAUAGCCAGAUGAAAGCCUAUUUU